AUGCGAUGGCCGGAUAAUCGAGAAAUCGAAGUGGCCAGCGUAGGUGAGCAUACGGCGCAUUUCUGCGAGCGUUAUGCCGAUGUGACGGACGAACAGUGGGCGAGCUGUGAUGCGCUUGUCAGUGUUAAUGACAUUCCAGCAGAGUAUCGAGCUAAGCUGACUCGCUGCCGAAUUUUUGUAACCCCCAAAGUUGGUUUCGAUAACCUUGAUACCAAGGCGUGGGCUGAACUGGGCAUUCCUGUAUGCAAUGUGCCUGACUACGGUACCCAGGAAGUUGCCGAUCACGCGAUGGCGCUGAUGUUGUCGCUGAUGAAAGGCAUCACAUUUCAUACCCGCGAACUCAAAAAGGAUCCGAAAGGUCUGUGGCGGCCAGCCCUCAACCCUUACGGCAAGCGGUUGUCAGUUUGUACAUUUGGCGUGGUUGGUCUUGGUCGCAUCGGUACUGCAGCUGCGCUGCGUGCCAAAGCUUUUGGCAUGGACGUGGUGAUGUAUGACCCGUUUCGUGAAAAUGGCGCAGAGCUGAGCGUUGGCAUCCGUCGCGUGCAAUCGUUAGAGGAGCUGUUCAGCACCAGUGAUGUGGUGAGCCUGCACUUACCGCUUUCCACAGAUACAGAAAAACUCAUCAACGCCGAUGUCCUGUCGCACAGCAAACCUGGUCUGGUUCUGAUUAAUACCGCGCGCGGACCAAUUAUUGACCUGGACGGUUUGUAUCAGGCGAUGCAGGCGAAUCACGUUCAAGCGGCGGGCCUGGAUGUGUUGCCUGAGGAGCCCGCUAACCCGGAUCAUCCUUUGAUCAAAGCAUGGGCUGCGGACGAAGACUGGAUCAAUCAUCGUCUUCUGAUUACUCCCCAUUCUGCUUUCUUCACACCGGAAUCUGUCUACGACAUGCGCUUUAAAGGUGGAGAAGUUGAGCCUAUGACACCGGAUUACCACAAGCGUCGGCAGCGCGUAUUCCUGAUUCUCUCUGGAAUAUUCCUUGGCACCCUGGCGCUGCUGAAUGUGCUGGGUAUCAGCCGGUUUGUUGACUUGUCAUUCAACGUGUUUGGAGUGCAGAUCCCUAUGGUGGUGGCAGUAGGGGUGCUGCCUUACCCAGUCACGUUCAUGUGUACCGACCUUAUCUCUGAGCUGUUUGGUGAGAAAAAAGCCCGCGACAUGGUCUGGGUGGGGUUGAUGCUGAAUGUCUGGGUGAUUUUUCUAUUGUGGCUGGGUGGGGCUCUACCGGGAUUUGAGCCUAUCGACCCCGCUACAGGCGGCCCGAUGCUGGAUGAGGCGGGGCGGUUGCCUGUGUUUUAUGAAAUCCGCGAACUGGCGUUUGGUGCGGUAGCGGCAUCCAUGCUGGCUUAUCUGAUUGCUCAGUUUGUUGAUGUGCGAUUGUUUCACUUCUGGAAGAAACUCACCGCAGGCAAACAUCUGUGGUUACGUAAUAACGCAUCAACCAUGGUGAGCCAGAUUGUGGAUACUACCGCGGUCAUAUUGAUCACGCAUUUCUAUGCACGUGCGUUACCGGUAAACGAUGGCGAACCGAUCUGGCCACAGCUGUUUGUAUUUAUAGCUUCAGGAUACGUUUUUAAACUGGUUGUGGCCGCGGCGGAUACCGGACCGAUCUAUCUUGCGGUCAAAUAUCUGCGCCCUUAUCUCGGUCUGAAAGGCACCGAAGAGGCGACCGACGACUAA